UCAGGGGGAGACAAUUUAAAACUUCCGGUGCCGGUAAAGCAAGAAAACAAAACAUGACAGCAAGAUACGACCGUGCUAUAACCGUUUUCUCGCCAGAUGGGCAUUUGUUUCAAGUUGAAUAUGCUCAGGAGGCAGUCAAGAAAGGCUCCACAGCGGUUGGUGUAAGAGGAAAGGACAUUGUUGUUCUGGGCGUUGAGAAAAAAGCUGUUGCCAAGCUACAGGAAGACAGGACUGUCAGAAAGAUUGCACUGCUUGAUGACCAUGUAGCCCUUGCAUUUGCAGGCUUGACUGCUGAUGCUAGAAUCCUUAUAAACAGAGCGCGUAUUGAGUGCCAGAGCCACAAACUUACAGUGGAAGAUCCAGUAACCGUAGAAUACAUCACUAGAUAUAUCGCUCAGCUUAAACAGAAAUACACACAAAGUAAUGGUCGUCGCCCAUUUGGCUUAUCUGCGUUAAUAAUCGGCUAUGAUGAUGGUCCCCACCUGUACCAGACAGAUCCGUCUGGCACUUACCAUGAGUGGAAGGCCAAUGCAAUAGGUCGUAGUGCGAAGACCGUUCGUGAGUUUCUUGAGAAGCAUUACACAGAGGAGGUAUCAGGGAAUGACAAGGAGUGCAUCAAACUGGCCCUUAAAGCUCUCCUGGAGGUCGUACAGACAGGUGGGAAGAACGUGGAGCUGGCUGUGAUGAAACAGGGACAACCCCUUAAGAUGAUAGAUGCUGAAGAAAUAGACGGUUAUAUGGCUGAAAUAGAGAAAGAAAAAGAAGAGGAAGCGGAGAAAAAGAAGGCUAAAAAGGGAGCAUCUUCAUAGGGACUCAUGAACAGUUCAUUUGCAUACGACCAUUACUAUCAAUAUGUCAAUCUCAUUCUAAGUUAUGUGUGCAGGUUUUGUUCAAAAUUUGCACAUUUUAUUUUCUAUACCAGUUUUCUGUUUUGAGAACAUUGAUUUCAGAUUAUCAUGGUUAUAUCUUAUGUGGUGCAAGUUUUGUUGGAAACUUGCAUGUUUCAAUUGGCUGUAGAUGUUAUCUCGUUUGAGAACAAGGGUCUGAAAAUCUGAAUCUGUGUUCUGUUCAGACCAAUAUGACCAUAUGAACUUUUAUCUGUCAUAGUAGAUUUUAGUCUUGAAAGAUGCUCUCUCCUAUUAUAUUCAGCUCACUUUACCAGGCUGGAUCUCCAAGUGCUGUAAUGAUAAACUAUAAGAUCAAUUUUGUUAAUUAUAAUAUGAUUGCAGCUGUUGGUGCAUCAAGUUAAUAAAUGACAGCUCACAAUA